AUGGACAUCGUAGCUUCUGCCCAAGCAGCCGCUACGCUAGCUGGCAUGUUUCUCGAAAUUGUACAGGUCACAAAACAUGUUAUUGAGUCCUUGAAAGGAGCACGAACCGCCUUGGUGGAAAUGUUCACUCGCGCAGAACGCAUCCGUCUAAACCUCGAGCUCUUCCGCUCGCUCACCAACAAACUUUCUGACCCGAUGGAGAAAAUCACCGCCCUUUCAUUCAAUGAGAGUGCAUAUAGGCAGACUGCAAAUGAGGUGCUCGAGCUGGUGCGCAAAGUUGCUGAUUCGGGCAGACGCCACGACCUCAUGAUGAAGGUCAACUGGUUGUUCUAUAGGUCAAACGUUGUCGCAAUUGUCAAGAAAUUGGAGGAAAGAGAGAGGGAUCUGGGACUUGUGUUAACAUUUAUUGCUGCGCAAUCAAGUGCCAUUACUGAGAGCGAAGUGCUCAGGUUGAGAACUAGAGUCGAAGAGCAUACGAAGGUUAACGAUGCCUUCAGCAAUAUUCAUAUUCACCAAGGAGAAGAAACUCAAACUACGCCAGACAACGAGACCACUGACAACAAACAAACGAUUUCUGAGUUGAAUACAGAUACAAGACCAAGAGCUGGAUGGCCCGAUAUUGUCGUAACUCCCUCAAAAACAUCGCCUACUCUAUGGCUUGGCGUUCUGAUCAGGAAGUCGUUUACUCCAGCCUAUCUAUGCCAACGGGAUGGAUUAGCCAGCGCAUCAUACUGUGGCCGUUGGAAGACUGUGUUAGAAUCCCUCGAUGAGGGAAAGAAGGUCUUCAAUGAGACAUGGCCAAACGCCGUCCGGCUUCGAACCCUUCCGACUGGUCAGACAAAAGGCGAAUUUCGAUUCCCAGAUCUCGCCGCCAGUGAAAUUGCGCACGAACUUGGUUACGACGAUAUAUAUAGCAUCUUGGCCCCUGUUGUCAGACAUACUUUGCCUGCCGCAACCCUGACCUUUCUUCAAGCGAGAUUUCAUGGACUUCUCUGCGCAGAACUGGAGGAUUGUGGGCCCUUGCCCCGAGGGGGUAUACGUCUACCUCCGUUGGCUGCGUUGACCGAGCUAGAACGCCCGGAGAUGUGGUUUCCUCUUGCGUUAUUUCGGAAGACAAUCGCCAUCAAGCAAGUGUUCCGUAUCACGGUUGAAGGGUGGACAGCGAUUCACGAUGCCAUCAUCACAGGUGAAUAA